UUGUAAGAAUUCUUUAUGUAUUCUAGACCCUUACCAGAUACAUAAUUUGCACAUUUCUCUUUUUUGAAUAUAUUGCAAAGCAACAUUUUUCAAGAAAAUUUUUAAUUUUUUUUCUGCCAUAUUGUGAAGCUUGGUUGUCUCUACCAGGUCCUACCUCCUAUUUACCUGUAAGUAUUUAGAAGGUCAUCAGGAUUUACGCUCAAAAAUGGAGUCUGGGGGUGAGAAGGAAGCACUUUGUUUGGAGAGGGUUUACUGUUGAGGCCCUGCAUUAAUCCUCUCUGCCACCUCAAGGAAAGCUGUGGUCACAUCUGGUAUAGUAGAAAGUGCCAUGGUGGCUGAGGAAGCUUGUGGGUUUAUCACAUAUUUAUCCAUGGUGGCAUGGAUACCUUGUUUUUGCUUCAGAAUUGCUCUUAAAGAAAAAUUCUGGGGCAGAUGAACCCCAUCAUCAUCCAGGAAGAAUAUUUGCAGCACAUUUUUUCUUGUCAUGAUGAGUUUGCUGUUUGAGACGGUAUGGGUAGAAGCUUCACAAUGGCUGGCUAGUGUCAUUUUCCCUCAUUUAGGCUCAACUGUGACUUUAUAUCUGUCUACCUUAUGGAAGGCCUGGAGGCUCACACUGAGGCAGAAGAGCGAAGGGGCAAGUGCUGUUGAUGGUGGCAGCUCAGUGGGAGAAAAAGUCAGCAAAGACAAUUAUUUAUUCAGGACCUUCACAAAGGGAGCGGCCCCACUUGUUUGCAUGUUGAUUGAACCGUACCUUAGUGUCCACUUGCUUGAGGCUUGCAGCAGCAUCUUUAGGCUCUUCAAAGCGAGUGCUGCCAUUGGUAGCAAGGUCUUAUGGAUGCCCUUGCUAGGCCCAUUUCCUUCUUUGUUAUUCCAAGUAGAGUUCUAAUGAAUCUGAACCUGCCAUUUUUUUUUUUUUUUUUUUUGAGAUGGAGUCUUACUCUGUCGCCCAGGCUGGAGUGCAGUGACACAAUCUCGGCUCACUGCAAGCUCAGCCUCCUGGGUUCAUGCCAUUCUCCUGCCUCUGCCUCCCAAGUAGCUGGGACUACAGGUGCCCACUGCCACGCCUGGCUAAUUUUUUGUAUUUUCUGUAGAGACGGGGUUUCACUGAGUUAGCCAGGAUGGUCUCGAUCUCCUGACCUCGUGAUCUGCAAGCCUCGGCCUCCCAAAGUCCUGGGAUUACAGGUGUGAGACACCGCGCCCGGCCUGAACCUGCCUUUUAACAAGACCCCAAGGCAUUACCACAGGAGUCUUGGUUCGAGAACACAGCAAUCUCUCAACUCUGGAGAAAUUCUACUUUGCUUUUCCUGGAGAAAUUCUAAUGCGGAUGCUGAAACUCAUCAUUUUGCCAUUAAUUAUAUCCAGCAUGAUUACAGGUGUUGCCGCACUGGAUUCCAACGUAUCUGGAAAAAUUGGUCUACGCGCUGUCGUAUAUUAUUUCUGUACCACUCUCAUUGCUGUUAUUCUAGGUAUUGUGCUGGUGGUGAGCAUCAAGCCUGGUGUCACCCAGAAAGCAGCUGAAAUUGAGAGGACAGGCAGCACCCCUGAAGUCAGUACAGUGGAUGCUAUGUUAGAUCUCAUCAGGAAUAUGUUCCCUGAGAAUCUUGUCCAGGCCUGUUUUCAGCAGUACAAAACUAAGCGUGAAGAAGUGAAGCCACCCAGCGAUCCAGAGACGAACAUGACAGAAGAGUCCUUCACGGCUGUCAUGACAACUGCUGUUUCCAAGAACAAAACAAAGGAAUACAAAAUUGUUGGCAUGUAUUCAGAUGGCAUAAACGUCCUGGGCUUGAUUGUCUUUUGCCUUGUCUUUGGACUUGUCAUUGGAAAAAUGGGAGAAAAGGGACAAAUUCUGGUGGAUUUCUUCAAUGCUUUGAGUGAUGCAACCAUGAAAAUCGUUCAGAUCAUCAUGUGUUAUAUGCCACUGGGUAUUUUGUUCCUGAUUGCCGGGAAGAUCAUAGAAGUUGAAGACUGGGAAAUAUUCCGCAAGCUGGGCCUUUACAUGGCCACAGUCCUGACUGGGCUUGCAAUCCACUCCAUUGUAAUUCUCCCGCUGAUAUAUUUCAUAGUCGUACGAAAGAACCCUUUCCGAUUUGCCAUGGGAAUGGCCCAGGCUCUCCUGACAGCUCUCAUGAUCUCUUCCAGUUCAGCAACACUGCCUGUCACCUUCCGCUGUGCUGAAGAAAAUAACCAGGUGGACAAGAGGAUCACUCGAUUCGUGUUACCUGUUGGUGCAACAAUCAACAUGGAUGGGACCGCGCUCUAUGAAGCAGUGGCAGCGGUGUUUAUUGCACAGUUGAAUGACCUGGACUUGGGCAUUGGGCAGAUCAUCACCAUCAGUAUCACGGCCACAUCUGCCAGCAUCGGAGCUGCCGGCGUGCCCCAGGCUGGCCUGGUGACCAUGGUGAUUGUGCUGAGUGCCGUGGGCCUGCCCGCCGAGGAUGUCACCCUGAUCAUCGCUGUCGACUGGCUCCUGGACCGGUUCAGGACCAUGGUCAACGUCCUUGGCGAUGCUUUUGGGACGGGCAUCGUGGAAAAGCUCUCCAAGAAGGAGCUGGAGCAGAUGGAUGUUUCAUCUGAAGUCAACAUUGUGAAUCCCUUUGCCUUGGAAUCCACAAUCCUUGACAAUGAAGACUCAGACACCAAGAAGUCUUAUGUCAAUGGAGGCUUUGCAGUGGACAAGUCUGACACCAUCUCAUUCACCCAGACCUCACAGUUCUAGGGCCCCUGGCUGCAGAUAACUGGAAACAAGGAAGGACGUUUCCAUGAGAGUCAUCUCAAACACUGGUUAAGGAAAAGAGAAACACUAAUGGUCAAGUGUACAUAUGAUUUGAUAUACAGACGUCUAGAUUAUUUUCUAUAUUUGGAUUCACAGCCUUUGUGCUCCGGGUUUUGGGAUUUGGGUGUGGGGUAAGAUGAAGGGAAAUCAAUUUAAAGGAAAGUUCUAUUAUCUGGGUUUUAGAAAUUCUAUAAGAGACAAAGUUUGGAAGUACAUAAAGUAAUAACUGUUAGAAUUAGGUAAUGGAUAUGAAAGAGAAAAUGCUUUCUCAUGCAUAGACAAGUGUUUUGGGUUUUUAAAAAAAUAUUCUGUCAUUGGUUACAAAUUUUUACUCAUGCUUUCUAUUGGCAUGGAUUUCCUUUGACCUGUCACUUUUUUAUAAAUUAUAAUGCAUCUAAACCACCUUUCCCCAGUUAAUGUGCCAAAAUGUCAAUUUUUAACUUAUCUCCAGCCAAUUUCAAAGAAAACAGACCAGCAUAGUUCUGCAAUAACAGUUUAAAGAUGGGCAUAGGGUUUGCAAGAAAGGGAGAAGGAUUCUUUUUUCAAUGUACUGUAUUGGGACGCUGGUAACUGUUAACCCAGUGUUCAGCGUAGCGCUGUAUAUAUAUAUAUGUAUAUAUUUAUUAUUUUCAUAUAAUUUGCCAGACAGAGGUCAGAAUUGAACCGUCAAUGUGAAAUAAAGAGUUCUCCUUGUACUUGAAUAAUAACCACAGUUCCAACCCAGGUCUGCUUUGGGGCUUAUCAGAAUUCCUUUCUCAGGAGCACUAGAAUGAGAAAUCAUGUUGUUCAAUCGUUUCACAUCUGUAUAUCAGCUCUAAAGCAGAGAUGUAUUAUGGUGAUACUCCAAGGUGGCAUAGCCAUUCAUUUACAACUUCCAGAUUUGCGCUGCCUGGAGGGAAUCCCUAUCAGCUCUGCAUAAGAUUAUAUACAAAGCUGUCACUCACAAAAGGCUGGAUGUGCUUUCAUCCAACUGGAAGGCUUUAUUCUUCCAAGUUCAUUCAUACUUAAAGAGGCCAGUACUUUGCCAUCCUUGCACUUCUGUUAUCAGGGCCCAAAUAACGGUGGCAAGCUACCAACUAAGUUGUAUUUUAAUAAAGAUUCCAUGGGUUGAACAAGCCACGUUGCAGAGAAAGAGCUGCCCCUAACCUGGGCUGUUGCAGAGUAAAUCCCACGACAUAAACUGGUAUCAGCGGUUCGGAGGAAAUAGUUCCAUUCUAUGACUCUUGUCUCCUCCUUCAGGAGGACUGUUCUAACUAGUAAUCUUGGCCCUAUUCAUUACAUCCUCUGCUUGUCAUUCUGCUAAUUUAUGAAGAUAGUUUAUUAUAGUCUGUACUUCAGUUCUCGUCUUGUAAAUAAUGCUUAACAUAAACUUGGACUUACACUGAAAUCCAAAAUAGUCAUGUUUCUGCAGUAUUCUGUAGCCAACUUAAACCUGUGCUUUCAUGUUUAAGAAAUGAGAAAUUGUGCCAAAGAUAGCAGAAGAGUAAAUAAGUGCUCAGUAUUGACCAACUACAUCUGAAAUCUACAACAUAAUGAUACUGAACUCUUAUGUAAACAUCAUAAAUAGUAAAUAAUGAUUCAAUGUGAAUUUUAAAAUGCAAAUAUUGCUAUUGUUUAUAGGAAAUAAACCUAAAUAUAAAUGAAAUUGAAUCAGUAAUUUCUCUUGGGCUAAAUGGUUCUACCCCUUACUAGGUUGCCCCAAUUAGUGGCACUAGUUGGCAGAACUGCUCAUGAGCUGCGAGUUAUCAUUUUGGAGUCAGUUUGUAACCAGCCUCUUAACACACUGCUGUUAACUCAUAAAAGAGAACAAUGUUCCAUUUCAGUCUCAAUAAACACUUCCCUCAUUCUUUC